CGCAUGGUGCACACAAAACUAAGUAUAUCUAGAAAGAAAGUUUAGCUAUCUAGUAAUCCAAGGCAAGCAUACCGAAACCCUAUAUAGUUAGCCACGUAACCUACAAAAGUUCAAAGUGUGGGAGUGGCAGAAGAAGUUCACGAAGAACAUAAUACCAUGGCUACCUCGCACAGACGCUUCAGAUCACUAUCCGACACACUGACGAAAAACCCUCGUUCAAUCGGAAAGAUGUUUCGCCGAAAGUCUAAGUCGUCGCUAAAAGAGGAGGACGGGACGCUAACAACCCAUGCACCUACUACCUCCACAGCGAUCGACAGCUACUCGACCAACGGGAAAACUAAAUCACCAAAGAAAGUACUGUCUCCUUCGCGAAGCGGGAAGCUAAAAGAGCGUCACAAGAAGGAAGCGUCCAUGUCCAAUGCAGUGAGCGGGAACUUGCAGGAUAACUCGCGCCGCAUCGUUGUCGCCAUUGACUUCGGAACGACGUACAGUGGCUACGCGUACGCCUUUCGACGCAAACCGGACGAAAUCCACCUGAUGCGCCGAAAAGAAGCCGGUCAAGUCGGCGGUCCUUCGCACAAGAUCCCGACGAUCCUGUUGAUGGACGAGCGGGAGCAGUUCCAUGCGUUCGGCUACGAUGCGCGCGAUGCGUACCACGACAUGACGGAGGAAGAAUCACAAAAAUGGCUCUACUUCGAGAAAUUCAAGAUGGAAUUACACUCGAGAAAGGAGUUGCACCAGAGCAUGGAGUUGGAGGCAACCAACGGCCGGAGAGUGAGAGCGACUGUGGUGUUCUCACACGCCCUCAGGUUCUUCCGUGACACUUGUCUCAGGGAGCUGACUGACAUGGCCAUCGCCGACCACCCCAUCAGCAUGGUCGACAUUCAGUGGGUCAUCACCGUCCCCGCCAUUUGGAGGCAGUCGGCCAAACAAUUCAUGAGACAUGCGGCUAACGAGGCUGGAUUGAUCACCCCGUCCACCACCAAGCAACUCAUCAUAGCCCUCGAGCCGGAGGCAGCCUCCAUCUACUGUCGCAAGCUGCGGAUGAGAGAGUGCAUCCCCGACACUGUCCCGGCUCUGUCUGUCUCUCCGUCUCCUUCGCCCUCCACCGGAGCCCCGAAAUACACACUCGCUGGGAGCCACAGUACCAGCAAGUCAAGUCUGAGUCCCUCCACUGAAGCAGGUGCCUGCAUAUCAUCUCAGCCCACGUACAACGGUCCUCGGGAGAAGAUUUCUCCAACACACCACGCGCUCACCAGCUCUGCCAUCCUCAGCCAGCCAAUGUGUCCCGGUGCCUUUGCGGCCGACUUCAGUUUCGGGAUGCGGUACCUAGUGGCGGACUGCGGCGGCGGUACCGUGGAUCUAACAGUCCACGAACUGGACGAGGGAGGGAAGCUGAAGGAGCUGUACAAGGCCACCGGAGGAGCCUGGGGAUCCAUGGGCAUCGACUGCCAAUUUGAAGCACUCCUCGCCGACAUCUUUGGAGAGAAGUUCAUGGCACAUUUCACCCACAACAAGCCCAUCAGCUGGGUGGAGCUGAUGAGUCUAUUCGAGGCCAAGAAGAGAGCGUUUAAUCCGCAGAAGAACCUCCCGGUCAACAUCUCCCUCCCGUACGCCUUCAUAGACUACUUCAGAGAGAGAACGGGCCAGAGUGUGAAGUCUGCUGUAGACUCUUACGGAGACACGGGAGUCCAGUGGACCUCCCAGGGAAUGCUCCGGCUUCACCCCUCCGUCAUGAUGACACUGUUUGAACCCAUUGUGACUUCCAUCGUCCGCCACAUCUCGGACCUCCUCCUCAUCCCGGAGCUGAGCCGCAUCGAGUACCUCUUCCUGGUGGGCGGGUUCUCCGAGUCUCCCGUUCUCCAGGAGGCCAUCCGCGUCGAGUUCCGCAACUACCUGCGUGUUGUCAUACCACAGGACGUCAGUCUCACCAUCCUCAAGGGAGCCGUGAUGUUUGGCCUCGACCCAAGCCUCGUACACAUAAGACGCUCCACUCUCACUUACGGCGUGGGCUGUCUCCAUCCGUUUAUGCCCCAGAAACACCCGAUCGAGAAGAGAGUCACAAAGGGUGGCCGGGAAUACUGCACAGACGUCUUUGACACUUUUGUCUACGCCGACCAGCCGGUGUCUCUUGGUCACGCAGCCAUCAGGAGCUAUGCUCCAGCCACUUCCAGCGCAACCUCCACAAUCAUCACACUCUAUGCCAGCGAAAAGGAGUUUGUACGGUUCGUGACGGACCCUGGGGUCAGGAAAGUGGCCCAGCUGAAACUGGAGAUGCCUCAGCUGCAGAGCCGCUGCAGAGAGCUCCACAUGUCCAUGGUGUUCGGAAAUACUGAGGUGACAGUGGAGGCAGUGGACAUUACCAGUGGUCAGACUGCUGCGGCCUCAGUCGACUUUCUAAACAAAUAAAUCAUCUGCCUUUUUGUGUGUAUUUUUCAUGUGUCAUCUCAUACCUCACAACUAUUACCGACCUCACAACCAUUACCGACCUCACAACCAUUACCGACCCCCUUUCUUCAUCAUUGUUUUCUCACGUCAUAAUGAC